AUGAGCACCAAUUCUGGCGACACACCCACGUCGCAAAAUUCGGGCUUGCCCAAAUGUGACUGUCUUAUCAACAACCCCCCCAACAUUUCCAGAAUUCGACGAGUAAUGUUCGAGUGCAAGGAUCCUAUAGAGAUAAGUCUUGAGGAGUUUGAGACUUACUGGCCGUUCAUUGAUAACGUGUGGGUAAAACAAAGGUCUAAUUCCAGCAAAGAGGGGCACUGUACUACGGACUAUUAUAUGUGUCGGUUGCGACGUCCAACUCAUCGUACAUCAGAAACACGGCCUCUGCCCGAAGGAAAACGGCCUCGGAAGAAAAGGGUGCGAGAGGGUGGCAUUUGCAAUUUUCAGAUUAAAGUGGUGAAGUUCGAAGGGGCUUAUUCAACUGUGACCAUUGCGAGGACUCCGGGAAGUAGCCGUGUGCAUUCGCAUGACCUCGAUUAUAUCGACAAGGUGAAGCGAAAUUCGGGGCUCAUGGAGUUUGCACGCAGGGAAGCAGUGAAGGGAUAUCUACCAUCUUCCAUCUAUACCAAAUUCCAAGAAGCACCUGCGAAGCUCGAGGAGGCAGGUGGCAAAUUCCUUACGGUGACAGAUGUCCGCAAUGUUUCAGCAAAGUGGAGAAUCCAGAACCCUGAGGUGAAACUCGUACCGCAUGAUGGUUAUGAAUACCAAAAAGGUCAUGGAAUCGUGAGAAAAGGGGGAAGUGAAAGCAACGGCGGCAGUCCGGUUCCAUCGAGUACGACCCCGAAGUCAUCGUUACCACCAGACACUCUUUCAUUUCCUCAGUUUUCCUUGGAGUUCCUUGAACCAUAUCUCCCGAAGCACGAUGAGCGGCGCCCGUUUCCUCAUGUCACCCUAUCUUACGCAUCUUCCAUGGACUCUAAAAUCUCACUUCUUCCAGGCAUGCAGACAGUGCUCUCGGGGCCCGAAGCUAAGCUUAUGACGCACUAUCUGCGAUCUCGUCACGAUGCUAUCUUGAUUGGAGUUGGGACGGUCCUUGCUGACAACCCGGGCUUGAACUGUAGAUUGGAAGGGGCGGGAGGCUACGGCGGCCUGGGGAGAAUGUGGCAACCGCGACCCGUGGUGAUUGAUCCCACCGGUAGAUGGCUCAUUCAUCCUGAGUGCCGCAUGCUUAGGACUGCAGUGGAUGGUAAAGGCAAAGCGCCAUGGGUUGUGGUAUCGCCGGGGGCCCGCAUCCACCCCCAGAAACUAGUGAUGCUCAAAGGCUAUGGGGGCGACUUUCUUCGAAUCAUGGAAUACAAUCAGGAUUGGCGCCUGCGCUGGGAAGCCAUUCUGCGCGCUUUGGCAUCCGAGGGUAUCAAGAGCGUCAUGAUUGAGGGCGGAGGAACUGUCUUGAGUGAGCUGUUAAAUCCUGAAUAUGCCGAUUUUAUUGAUUCCAUAGUUGUGACUGUCGCCCCCACUUAUCUUGGCUCUAGUGGAGUGAGUGUGAGUCCAGACUCUAAGCGCGAUGGAGAAGGAAAGCCGAAUGCGGCCUUAAAUCCCAAGGAUGUGAGAUGGACGCCAUUGGGUCAAAAUGUUAUCAUGUGUGGCAGAAUCCGCUCGGAGGUUUCCCUCAAUUCCCACAUUCAGGAAUGA